AUGUUUAUCCUUGAGUUGCAGGUGAAUUGUCUCGAACGAUUCGAUGUAUUUCUUGAAAAUCGUUGGUGCUGUGGCGUUGCUCAUCCAGUGCAAUUAGGCGAGAUAAAUAACGAAUCGAAUGCAUUUGUUUGCCCGUCUCUACACGAUGCCUUAUCCUCAUUACCUGUCAGUGUGACCGGUAGCCUGGCUGGACCGCGGCAGAACGGUCACAGCGAGUUUUCCCCUCCCUCGGGUCUAGUAGCCAGUCAGCCCUCCGACCAUUCGAUUCAGUUACAACCACCACAGCAACAACAAGCCCAACUCCAACAUACUGCUAGCCUCGAUCCGAAUCGAUAUUUCGGGACCGGCUCCGGCCUGGGUCGUCACAUCUGUCAAGCCCUGUUUGCUUAUCCGGCUAGUCAACCGGACGAGUUGUCCAUCGAACGUGGAGACAAGAUUCGGGUGUUGGAGAAAAGUUCCGAUGGUUGGUGGCGUGGUGUCCUAGUGACGGAGGGACGGCCGGCUUUGAUGGGCUGGUUCCCAUCCAACUAUGUCACUUUGGACCUGACGAAGAAUCUCAGUCGGUAG